CCAUUAUUCGUCGAUGUCCGAGAUCAUUGUCGAGAAGGCAUUAAUUCAGUCUCAGGUCGUGUACUAGUCACUGUAUAUUACCCGAACUGAGACGGAGCAAUGCUGGUAGUAACUAGUGUGCGAUGACAGCAAACAGUUUAUCGGAUUAUUUUUUUUUCGCGGCCCCGGGAUCACGAUGAUCGGUUCUAUUGCAUUAUCAUAUUAUUAUAAUUAUACGAAUCGCGAACCCUAUGCCCAGAAGUCCGAUAGAAUAUCAUUGAGAGUAUUUAGAUGACUAAAUGAAGCUGACAGAAGUUGCCGACCCGUGAAUUAUUUUGAAUAAGGCUGAACUUCUUGAGACUGCAAGUGACAAAUUAUCCGAAAAAUCAAGAUCACCUAAAUCCGCAGACGACGAGACUUCGUCGCUCUUAAUGGUUGAGAACGGUAAUAUGGCUAAAGAGAAAUGGAAGUCGGAUUGUGUAAAUAUUCGGUCAAAUGGCAAAACUGAACAGACAAAAAGAGAAAAUGCCGAACACAGACUUAGUAUAUUGUCUUUAGUCUAUAAUCCAACUGCCCAUCCGACUUCUUAUUUAGAUACACUGAUAAACAUGUUGAAAGGAAACGUUGGAUGUGGAAUUUUAGCUAUGGGAGACGCAUUUAAAAACGGAGGAUUAUUUUUGUCGCCAGUUUUAACAUUUUUCAUUGGAAUUAUUUGUGUUUACAAUCAACACGUAUUAGUGCAGUGUUCAAAAAGUGUUAAACAAAAACUUAAAUUACAACAUAAUCCACAAUUUGCUGAGACAGUAGAAUUAUCUUUUCAAAGUGGACCACAACGAUUUCAAAGUUACUCAGUUUUUUUUCGGAAUAGUGUGAAUAGUUUUAUAGUAAUCACUCAGUUGGGAUUUUGUUGUGUUUAUAUUCUUUUUGUAUCAAAAUCCAUUCAGCAGGUGUUGAGCUGGUAUAACAUUCAAUUAGAUGUGCACCUCAGUAUAUUAAUAUCGAUGGUGCCUAUAAUGAUUUCAUCGCUCAUCAGAAGUUUAAAAUUCAUCGCCCGGUUGUCUGCAAUAGCAAAUAUGUGUAUGCUUGUGGGUCUGGUUGUAAUUCUGUACUAUUGUACCAUUGAUUUACCCCCAUUGUCUUCAAGGUCCGCUAUUGCCCAUUGGACGACAAUACCUUUAUUUUUCGGUACCAGUAUUUUUUCAUUCGAAGGAAUUAGCUUGGUCUUACCUUUAGAACAAGAAAUGAAAAAGCCAAAACAGUUUUCGACUGCUUUCGGAGUACUAAACGUGGGCAUGGUUAUCGUUACGAGUCUUAUAGUUCUUACCGGUUUUAUGGGGUAUUUAAGAUUUGGAGACGCAGUGCGAGGCAGCCUUACAUUAAACUUGCCAGAAGAAUUUUUGCUAUCUAAAGUCGUCAUUUCGAGUAUGAUGUUUGGUAUCAUAUGCACUUAUACAUUGCAAUUCUACGUACCCGUGGAAAUCUUAUGGCCGAAAGUCGAACAAAAAUUUGGGCCUUUCAGAUCACCUUUACUGUGGGAUACGGGUUUACGUGUAAUACUGGUGCUCAUCACAUUCGUUGCGGCUGACGUGAUACCACACCUAAGCUUGUUCAUAUCUAUGAUGGGUGCCGUCGCCAGUACGUUCCUAGCGCUGAUAUUCCCGCCACUGUGCCACAUGGCUGUUACCAGUGCCGACGACGGCGGUAACGGUUACGGCUUGUUCAACUGGCGGUUGGUGAUGAACUGCGUCACGCUGGUGUUGGGCGCUCUCGGAUUCGUUACCGGUACGUACGCGAGCGUCUACGAGAUAUUUGGUGCGUUCCAAAAAGUUUCGGUCAUUGCCGCCGUCACCAAUACCACAGCCAAUAACUACACUGUACCGGGAGUACACUGACCAUCCACCCACAUCAGCGGCGUUGUGCGGACGUUGUCGUCGACAUCAUUCGCACACUCCCGUAUACCCACCCAUCCAUCUCUACGAUCAUUAUACCUCGCGCGGAAGCUCAAAUAUUAUAGUAUAUUUAAGCUUCGGAUGCUAAAUCGCGUACGCGUAUAAUAAUAUUAUACAAGUAGUUAGUAGGUAUAUAAUUAUUAUAUGAUAUGAGACGUGGAUAUUUAAUACAUCUAUUAUAUUUAUUAUAAUUUAUAUUUUAAAUUGUACCUAAUAUAGAAUCCCCUAAAAUCCAGGGUUGGCUUUUCUAUACAAAAUCGUAUUGAACAUGGUUCAUAAAAACAAUUUUUUUAAACCUACGUUUUAAAAUAGGUUUUAAAAAAGAAUUAAAAAACAUUCUUUGAAUCUUAAUAUAAUAACAAUUCUAUGUGAAAUAAAAAAUACAUAUUAUAUUAUGUGUAUCAAAUAUCAAUAAAUAUAGACUUAUAUAGGAGUCAAUUCAUAGAUAUCACUAACCGAAUUUGUAAAAGGACUUCUACAAUAAAUUUACAUAUACAUUUUACAAAUUUACAUAAUAUAAAUAUAUAAUAGUAUAAGAAGUAUUAUGACGUAUAGUUACGUAUUUUUCAAUUUAAUAAUAUUACCAUACUUGAUUGUUUUUUCCUUUUUUACACUGUUUUCUACAAUUUUUUUUUAAGUUAAUAUUAUAUAUUAUUUUGUAAUUAUAUGCUCACGUUUUGACAGCAACACAGACUAUUUUACACAAAUAAUUGUAAUACAUAUUACUAUUAGAUACAUAUUAUACACAGUCGAAUCCAAGGUUUACGUUCUAUAUACAAAUUAGUCAUUGCUUAUAUUAUAAUAUUAUAUAUAUUUACAAAUAUUUUUAUUUUUAUUUUUAACUGUAUUAUACAUUUUAUUUUAUUUAAUAGGCUUAAAACUAAGAACAUAGCUGUAUAGUAUUAUAAUUUAGAAGUUACUUUGCAGUUUACAUGUGUAAAACUUACUUGUAAUGUAAAGUAAGUUGAUUUAUUUUAUACAUAAAUUAA